AUGUUGUCCUCUCCUGCGGUCAUCCUGCAGCCGUAUGGUCUCCCUGUGUACCCACAAACCUCGUGCUACCCCAGCCUUGUGCAGGGUGCUCCUGCUCAGGAGGCGGGGCCAGGGAGCAGUGACCCUGCCCUUACCCAGGUCUACGCCGCACCCCCUUCGUAUCCACCACCCGGACAGGCCCCGCCCACACCCGCAGCCAGACUCCCGCCUCUUGAUUUUAGCUCCGCCCACUCCAGCUCUGAUUACCCAGACCACCAUCAGCUCCGAGUGUAUCAGAGCGCUCAGCACGAGGGGGCGGAGCCUAUACCUGCCAAUAACACGGACGAAGGUCUGGCCCCAGUGACCUCUGACCCCCAGCCUCUGAACGUCCCCCUGGCGACGGGGGGAGCAGGAAGUGGCAGCGAGGAAGAGGGGUCUGGGAAAGCCCAACCCAAACGCCUUCAUGUCUCCAAUAUUCCCUUCAGAUUCCGUGAUCCUGACCUGAGACAGAUGUUCGGGCAAUUUGGCAAAAUCCUGGACGUAGAGAUCAUCUUCAAUGAGAGAGGGUCAAAGGGUUUUGGCUUCGUGACGUUUGAGAACGCGGCAGAAGCCGAUCGAGCCCGAGAGAAACUCAACGGGACGAUCGUGGAGGGGAGAAAGAUCGAGGUGAACAACGCCACGGCCAGGGUGGUGACGAAGAAACCGCAGACUCCGAUCGUUAACGCUGCAGGAUGGAAGAUUAACCCCAUGAUGGGAGCCAUGUACGCUCCAGAACUCUACACCGUUGCCAGCUUUCCUUAUCCCGUUCCCACGGCAACACUGGCUUACAGAGGCUCCGCCCUGAGGGGGCGUGGUCGAGCGGUGUAUAAUACCAUCCGCUCGGCGGCAGCGGCGGCGGCCACGCCCACUGCUGUUCCGGCCUAUCCAGGGGUGGUCUAUCAGGAUGGACUAUACGGAACUGAAGUCUAUGGAGGAUAUCCUGCUGCUUACAGAGUGGCUCAGUCUCCUUCAGCCACAGCUACGGCCACGUACAGUGAUGGUUACGGGAGACUGUACACCACCGACCCCUACCAUCACUCCGUAGGUCCGACCACCACAUACGGAGUCAGCACUAUGGCCAGUCUGUAUCGAGGAGGCUACAACCGCUUCACCCCAUACUGACCUCCGUACUGACCCCACACUAAUUUCCUGGAUGAUCAACUGGGCGGAGCUUCACUCAGCCAAUGAACUGAAGAGCCUGAAAGAAGCCACACCCACACUGACCUCAUACAUGGUGCUCACAAUGCUCACAGUGUCGUAGUUAGCGUUACGCUAAUAAGAGUUAAAUACUGCUGGCUGGUUAGUCUCACCGUUUUAUUAUUAUUAUUAUUAUUACUUUUCUUACGAUUAGCAACACCAGCGGUACGCUAACACGCUAAUGACCCCGCCCGGUUCCUGCGCGUGUUGAUCAGGAACGUGUGUGUGAUUACGGUGUGCUGUUCGCAGGUACGUGCUGAUAUGUUCGUACACUAAUCUACGAUAUUAUUACGAUAAAAUCACGAUGUCUGCAUUUAGCUCGUCGAGGAAGAGAAUUAUAUUUGAAACAGUGACGAGACAGAUGUCACAGAAGUGGGCGGAGCUUAAGUAAAACUUAAGUGAAAGCAGCCAGUCAAAGGAGUUCAAACAGCAUCAGCUUAACAGUCCAUGUAAUGCUAAAAAAAACUGUCUGUUGUUUAUAAUUACACAAAAUAACACUAGAGCUAAGCUUGUGAUUGGCUGGGUGAGUGUGAGUUAAGCUCCGCCCACCGCAGUAUCGAGUGCUAAACAUCACAGGAUGUCGUAGAAGUGAUUAUCAGUACGUACCUAGCGCUUAGUGAAUAUAUGAAUUAUUUUUGUAGAUCAUUGUAAUAUUGAUGUGCAGUGCAGUGCAGUGUGUGUGUGUGUGUGUGUGUGUGUGAGUUACAGUACGAUGCUAAACUGUGAGCUUCACUGAAGAGUGCGCAGGUGCAGACUGAGUGAUUAUUGUGCGUUAUAGCAGGUUAUAAGGAGCGGUGUGUAAUAUUCAGCACGCGGCUGUGUCCCAAACGCUGUAAGAGAAGUGCACUUAAACCCAUAACGUUCCCUCGUUCCACUCCUUCAGCGCUCUCGCUCACGCCACACGCUUAUAUCAACAUUAUUCCUUCUUUCAUUCUUUCUAAACUACCUUAGUGAUCUCUCCAUUUGUUCUUUCCUCUCAUGAUCUGACCUGUGCAUCUAUCUGUUCUCUGUCCUCUUUUUCCUUCUGUCACUAUUGUGUUCUUUUUUUCUCUUUCUUUAUUCUCUCACUCCAUCUCCUAAAAUGCUUUAGCACUCACUCUAUUUUAUUAUUUUUAUUUCCUUUCUUUUCUUUGCAUGAUGUGAUCUGUACAUCUAUCUGUCCUCUUUUUCUUUCGUACAUUCUUUUUUUCUUUCCUCUCCUCCUUUGUCAUCUGAUGCAUGUCUUCUUCCUUCCGUUUCUCUUGUUUUUAAACUCCUUUCUGAUCCAUGAGUUCUUCUGCUGUUCUUUUCUCUGCUCAGGUCGUCCUUUCAUCUUUUCCACUUUGUUCAGAUCUGUCUAUCUACACUUCUACUCUGUCUCUCUCUCUCUCUCUCUCUCUCUCUCUCAUGUUUAUAUUUACACGUUACACACACGCUCAGUUUAUCUGUAAAUAAUACAAAAGAAACAGUGAGUAAAGCUUGCACUUUUGUUUAAGGAACGAUAUUCGUGUUCAUUUGUAAAUCCCCCAGCUCCUGAUUUCACUCAUCUCUCUCACCACUCUCUCCCCUUUCUCUCACCGCUCUCUCCCCUUUCUUUCACCACUCUCUCCCCUUUCUUUCACCACUCUCUCGCCACUCUCUCACCUCUCUCUCGCCACUCUCUCACCACUCUUUCGCCUCUCUCUCUCACCACUCUUUCGCCUCUCUCUCUCACCACUCUCUCACCACUCUUUCGCCACUCUCUCGCCUCUCUCCUCAGCUCUAUCAUUUUCUUUUGAUCGUUCAUUCUUUCUUGCUUUCAGUCUUUCCUUUCACUUUCAAAUCUGACUAAUAAUCUCUUCCUUUCUUCUUUUCUUACUCUAAGUGUCUACUUUUUAUCUGUUAAA